AUGCUGCAGGAUCAUUCCUCACCCCUCUCAAGAUACAUUAAACUCUUGUUCCUGGCGUUAGCUGUCCUUGUGGUUCUGGCUCAGGCUUCCCCAGAUGGAUGGUUCCAAGAGUGCCAUUAUUCAGUUGGCCAAUGCAGGAUAGCUUGCAAAGAAAAUGAGAAGACAAAAGAAAAAUGUGUGGGGAACAGAUUUUGCUGCCUCCCUGUAAAAAAGCAGAAAUCAUCAGACUUCCCAAGAAACAAGAAAUGACAUGUAAGACUAUGGCGAGCGCAACUAACUCUCUAUUUAAGAUUUGUGACAAAAGAAUUUUAACAGACCUUAUAAUGAGUCAGUGAAAUGACUAUGUAGGCACUUGCCUGGUUCUUAGAUUUUAGAUAAUGCUGGGUACUCACA